CUGAGCGUCUUUCCAUGUGCUUCUUGACCAUUUGUAUAACUUCUUGGGACAGAUGUCCAUUCAAGUACAUUGUCCAGUUAAAAAAUUGGGUUGUGUUUUGUUAUUGAGUUUUAGUUCUUUCUUUCUUGGCGGCUCCACAGGCUUGUAGGAUCUUAGCUUCCCAUCCAGGGAUUAAACCUGAGCCCCUGCAGUGAAAGCUCUGAGUUCUAACCUCUGGACCGCCAGGGAAUUCCCGUUUUAGUUUUUAUAUAUUCUGGAUAUUAGCCCCUUAUCAGAUAUAUGACUUACAAAUAUUUUCUCUCAUUCUGUAGGUUGCCUUUUCACUGCUGACUGGGUACAGAAAGGGCCUGUCCUCCGUGGCGUUCUUCCGCCCGUUUCUGGGGCAAAAGGCCCCGCGGAGCCGGCCUUACUUCCGGUGAGGAAGGGAAAGGCAGGAGCGUCACCGGAAGCGAGGAAGGUGCUGUGUAAUCACCCAGCAAGCUGAGGUUCUUGGAUCUCCUAAAAUGCCGGAUUACCUCGGUGCAGAUCAGCGGAAAACCAAAGAAGAGGAGAAAGAAGACAAGCCCAUCCGAGCUCUGGAUGAGGGGGAUAUUGCCUUGCUGAAAACUUAUGGUCAGAGCACUUACUCUAGGCAAAUCAAACAGGUUGAAGAUGACAUUCAACAACUUCUCAAGAAAAUUAAUGAGCUCACGGGUAUUAAAGAGUCUGACACUGGCCUGGCCCCACCAGCACUCUGGGAUUUGGCUGCGGAUAAGCAAACACUCCAGAGUGAACAGCCUUUGCAGGUUGCGAGAUGCACAAAGAUAAUCAAUGCUGAUUCGGAGGACCCGAAGUACAUCAUCAAUGUGAAGCAGUUUGCCAAGUUUGUGGUGGACCUCAGUGAUCAGGUUGCACCUACUGACAUUGAAGAAGGGAUGAGAGUUGGUGUGGACAGAAAUAAGUAUCAGAUUCACAUUCCACUGCCUCCUAAGAUUGACCCAACAGUUACCAUGAUGCAGGUGGAGGAAAAACCUGAUGUUACAUAUAGUGAUGUGGGUGGCUGUAAGGAACAGAUUGAGAAACUUCGAGAAGUAGUUGAAACCCCCCUACUUCAUCCAGAGAGGUUUGUUAACCUUGGCAUUGAGCCUCCUAAGGGUGUGCUGCUCUUUGGUCCACCGGGUACAGGCAAGACACUCUGUGCUCGGGCAGUUGCUAAUAGGACCGAUGCUUGCUUCAUUCGAGUUAUUGGAUCUGAACUUGUGCAGAAGUACGUCGGUGAGGGGGCUCGAAUGGUUCGAGAGCUCUUUGAAAUGGCCAGAACAAAGAAAGCCUGCCUUAUCUUCUUCGAUGAAAUUGAUGCUAUUGGAGGGGCUCGUUUUGAUGAUGGUGCUGGAGGUGACAAUGAAGUGCAGAGGACCAUGUUGGAACUGAUCAAUCAGCUGGAUGGGUUUGAUCCUCGAGGCAACAUUAAGGUUCUGAUGGCCACAAACAGACCUGACACUCUGGACCCCGCGCUGAUGAGGCCCGGGAGACUGGACAGGAAGAUUGAGUUUAGCUUACCUGAUCUAGAGGGCCGGACUCACAUUUUUAAGAUUCAUGCCCGUUCAAUGAGUGUUGAAAGAGAUAUCAGAUUUGAACUGUUAGCACGACUGUGUCCAAAUAGCACUGGUGCUGAGAUCAGAAGCGUCUGCACAGAAGCUGGUAUGUUUGCCAUCCGAGCACGGCGAAAAAUUGCUACUGAGAAGGAUUUCUUGGAAGCUGUAAAUAAGGUCAUCAAGUCCUAUGCCAAAUUCAGUGCUACUCCGCGCUAUAUGACAUACAACUGAGCCCUGGAGGUGUUCGUGAAAACACUUUUCAUUGGAAUCCUAACCUUAUACAGACUUCUUAAUAACCAUUUCACACACAAAAUAAGUGGUUUUCAAAAUUGUAUGCUCUUUUUUCAGAUGUCGUUUCUCUGUGGUACAAUAAAGGGUGAUAUCUAAUGCCGUUAGGCAGAAAAGCUGUUUUUUGACUUGCUACCAUUUUUAAAGGUUCCAAAUUGUGAAGUGCUUGCUUUGACCACAUAUGUUCUAGGCAUAUGCUGGUUGAGUGCUGUACAUACAUUAUCUCAUUUUAUCUUCCCAUCUGCCCAGUGACGUGGAUUUAACAGAUGCAGAAUUUUCCUACCUCGUUUCCUUGUAGCAGAGCUGGGAUUCAAGUCCAAGUUUGACAGCUCCAUCGCCGAUGUCCCCAUCCAUUAUGCUCUUCUGCCCUCAUCACAAUGGCCCAUCCAGGCAUAUGAUCACAUGUGUUUCGACAGGUUUUUUCCUACAACGUUGAAUAAAGCAGCUUUGGCUAAACUAUGUUUAAAGUGUAGGAAGCAUCUGAUGUAAUGUGUUUUGCUUUGCCAUUUGAGUUGAUUUCAAAUUAAUCAAGAAGAAUUGUUGAUUUUAAUGACUAGCGAAGUAGUAAAGCAAAAAGAAAAACAUACACAUAUAAUAAUCUCAUUUAGAAAAUCCGGAAUUGGCUUUAUACAGAAAAGUACUUAUUUUCAUUUUAUAAAUUAAUGGCUUAAUGGUUUAUUAAACCAUUAUAAUUUAAUGGUUUAAAAUUUCAGUAAAGCUCCCGUUAGACUUCGGGUCUAUAGUGAGGUACUUCUAAAAUAAAAGUUUUUAUUAGAAUCUUAAACAAAGCUCUUUAAAAUGAUUUCUUGUACAGCCACCACCAAAUUCCCUCCCCUCUUCCACAAUUACCCCUUCCAGCCCCCUGCCAAACACUGAGACCCAAACACAAUAAAGAAUAUUUUUAUUGUAGUUCAGUAUUCACAAGUAAUGCAAAAUAGUGAGAGAUGGAUACAUUUUAACUCACAAAAGAAAAAGUUGACAACAUAGAAAAUGCUGUGUUGCACUGAAAUAUUUAAAAUAUGGAAGUUUUAAAGCAGAAUAAAGCUGUUCACUCAAAAUCCAA